AUAGACGGGGUCCAUAGUUGUUGAUGUUUAUUUUAAUGGCUUUUUGUUGUGCCACACAGCACAAUUCACUUCGCCAAAGACGCGUUGUUUGGAGAAAACACAAAGGGCUGAACAGUUUAUUUACAUCCAAGUCUUAACUAACUUGUUACAAAUAACUACAAACUUGACAUUGGCUGAUCUUUGUAAAGCCAGACGAGAGAGAAAAAAAAACUCUUUGUUUCUUUUCAAAAACUCCAUAGAAAAAAAAAACUCAAGUCUCAAAGAAAAAUCUGCGGUGGUACAAUGUACAAUGAAUAUAAAAUAUAAAAAUGAAAAAAAAAAUAACUGCAAUUUGUGUAUACAGUGCAUAUGUGUAAAUUCUGAAUAAAUGAGUAUAAUGUGGUGGAAGUUAAAGGUUUGCGAAAAUUAGGUGUGAUACAUAAUGGAUGCUUCGGCAUCCAAAGUAGAUGCCGAAGUAGGUAAUUUGUUUGGACUUUACCUUAAAAUUGAAAAUGCAUCGUAUCCACCUACUAUAAAACAAAAAAAAACAGUUAUAAAGUAUACUAAGCUGCCGGACGACAUCAACGCCAAGGCACCAUGGCUGUGCCAAGGUCACAUAUUAGAACCCAGGUUCCGACGAAUUAUAACUAUUGAAGAACCAAAAAUUAGCACUCGCCGAUCUUUAAAAUCAGAUGUUGCAGUUCCAUCAACAAUAAUGGCUGCUGAUGUUUGUAAACGUAAAAUAGUUACAAUAGAAGAUGAUGAAUAUAAUAACUACUAUCCUAAAUACUCGCAUCAGAUAAAAAAAAGUUUUAAAAAAGUAAUUAACAGAGCUGUUGAAGCGAAAGAAGAAAAGCUAAUUUCACCACAAAAAUUAUCUGGAUUACCUUAUAGUUCUAAAAGCUCCAAGGAUGUGAAAUCGAAUGUUACGAGUAAGUCCAACAUUGCAAACCUUACAAAAGAUUUAAGUUGCACUAAAUCAGAAAAUAGAUAUAAAUUGUCAAGAGGUAAUGAAAGCCCAGACUAUGCUAAGAAUAAAUUUUUUUAUGGAGCUUCACGUAGUUCAAGGAGUAUUAAUUCACCAUCAAAAUAUAGUUUAAAUAAAAAAAAAUCCACAAGAGAGUCUGAAAAAGAAGUACCUGUCACUAAAAAUAAAUUAAAAGAGGAAUGUGUUACAAAACUUCCCCCCAAAAAAGUAACUGUAAAUAAAACAACUGUAGAAAGAACUAGGUUGAGAAAAUCUCCAAAUGAGUUGAAUCAAAACAAUAAAGCAUUAUUAAAAGAUAUCAAGUUGAAAUACAAGCCAAUUCCUGUGAUACAUGUCCCACUCGAUGAAACAUUACUCAAUUGUGAUGUAUCCACUGAGGUAUCAGAAGAUAUAUGCAAUUUAGCAGAAAUCAAGUCCCAUAAAGUGAACUCUAGUUUCCAAGUUACAAAUACCAAAUUUAACGAUAUUCAUAUUGGGACACAAAAUAGUGUAGAAUAUGGAACUGAAGUAUUGCUUAGUGAAAUGAAACAAGGAACUGAAAUAUCGCUAAAGAAAGUGGAGCAGGGAACUGAAGUAUUAGUAAACAAAGUGGAUCAAGCAACUGAAGUAUUGCUAACAAAAGUGGACAAGGAAACGGAAGUAGAUCAAGAUUUCAUUGAAAAUGAGUAUGAUUUAAAAAAAACAUUUGAUAGUCUUGACAUACCAAAUGUAAGCUUAAUUAAUAGUAAUAAAAGUGAUGUGCCCAAAGAUGAUAUAGUCGACAUAAUCAACAGUCAACAAUCAGUCGUUAUUAAUAAGGACCCGCAUAUCCUAGACAUCCCAAUGAAUGUAAUUUCUCAAAAAGAUGAAACUGACUUUAGAGAAUCUCAACUUCACAAUAAUUCAUAUAUUAUCAGCAGAGCAACUUUAACAUAUACUACAAAACAAAAAAUUAAUUUUCAUGUUGUAGGCAACAAUGAGCUAUUGCAGGCUCAUGCACCAUCUAGUCGAUUUAAGUAUCCUAUGAAUGUAGUUUCGGUAUACAAAAAUGAAUUGAAGAAUCAAGAGUACCAAGGUGCUUGUAGAAAACUAUACUACGACAGGAAUGACGAAAACGAUAAAUCACAUGAUGAGCUAGAACACUUGAAAAAUUCAACGUCUGUUGAUUGUUCAAAUGUCUUUAUCAAUGAUAAAUUAGUGAAACCCUCAGACAUAAUUAGCACAAUAAAAGUUAAUAACAGUUUGGUACAAAGUGACUAUAUUUGUGAACAGUUCCAACGGGAACUUAACUUUAUUGAUUCGUUUUUUGAGUCUUUACAGUAUUUAGAAAGCUGUUCCUUAUCUGACAAAUGUGUUGACGAAAAGGAAGUCGAAAACUGGAUUAAUAACAGUGGAAAUGAAUUAAAACAUCUGGAGUUUGGAUCAUUCCUUUCGAAGUUUGAAAAUGAAAUUAAUAUCGACGAUUCAAAAACAAUGGCAUCCAAGAGUCUUUGUCUGCUCAACCUACUCAUUCGCGAUGAGCAGAGACGAGCCAAAAAUCUCUUAUUUGUCCUAAAAAUGCGAGAAGAUGCUUUAAAGGACUUUACAAAAUCGCAAAUAUUGUGGCUGGAAAAUAAAAAGAAGCAAGAAAACACAGACAUAUCACAACUGAAAAAGAAGCAACGCGGUGCACUGCUUAAAUUGCAGCAUGAAUGUGGUGAAAUGCAGCGUAUGCGCAAAGCUCUACUGACACUAUCCGAAAAGCGGAAAUUGGCACUUAUGAAGACAAAGAAGAACAUAGAAAUUAAAUUAAAAAACAGUGUAGAUGUAGAACAAAUCAUUUUGGGUAAAAAGAAAUUAAAGCGAAGUCCUUCAAGCGAUCGCAACGUUGCUCCUCUUAAGUGCUUUGAAUUAUCUAGCAGUGGAUGCGACGACAGCACCACAUCUCGACCAAGAUCCACCACAUCUGUUUUACUGCCAAGUAUUCCAAAAAGAAUUACGAGUGCUGAAAAGUGUGUCCAAACGAGUGAAGGCACUCUGGAUAGAGUCUGCAUGGACUGCUCAACGGACACCGCUGAUGAAAACUUUAUAGUCGUAGAUGGUGGAUACCUUAAUAUCCUUUUCCAAAAUUUGUCGCCUCAAAUAUUUAGUAGUGAAAAACAAUAUGAAGUAAACAAGGAAGCAUUAAAUAACAUCGUUCACACAAGCAACGUGCAACGUUUUAAUUGGAAAAAUGACAUCGCAAUCGAAGAGCUUAUGGAUAAGAUUAAAAAUCGCGAUCUAGAAGGCACCAAUACGCCAUCCACGGCUCGUAGUCUGGUGGAUGAGUUUGACCAGAUCUACAAAGGUCUAGCUGAGGAUAAGUCAUACGACGAUAGUACAGAUCAUAUAAUAAGUGGUGUGAUUGAUGAAAUCAGUGGUGUUGCUCCUCAAAUUGUUGUAUCUCAAGCUGAUGACAGCAAAAAUGAUCAGAAGUCAUUCUUGCAAGAAAGUAGUGAUGAUGCUGGGAACAAAUCUAGCAACAACUCAUCCACAGAUGAGUCCUGCAACUGCGAGCCACUGAUGAUCGCUGCAGAAACGCAAUUGUCGAGGGGCAAUGAUAUAGUAAGCGUUGCGGGUCCGUUGCCCGUGCCAGCAGGCGCUGCGGCCGUGCCCGACGAUGUCCCAGUUGACGUUCCAACUUGGCUCACACAAAAACCAUCAACAUCGUCAUCCCUUGUUGACAGCAGUACUUCAAGCAGCCAACAGGUGUUCCCGAGCGUGAGUUCCUUGACUCCACCAGUGCUGUUCGAAGCUGAGGAGCUACGCAGACAGCAGCUAGCAAUAGAAAGAGAGAUUAAAGCACUCGAACAGCAGCAAUGCCAGCUAUUAGCAGUGCGAGAGAUACCCGACAAACCACCACCCCCCUACACCCCACCAUCGGAACCCAAAGCGCCAAAACCACUGGGCAAAUUCACCGUCGAUCACACAAUCGAAGACAAAUUACGUACCUUCUUCCCCGAUCCCAAAAACGAUGAAGUCGAUCUAGUUGACCCGUUUGAUGUGUUCGUCAAAGAUUUCUGCCUGGACUCCACUGAGAGACAUAAGUUGGAGAAGAACCAGAAAUAUUGGGAUACGUGUAAUUUCCCACCGUCCAAGCCUGAACUAAACACUGAAAAGUUGAUCGCGAGGACAACCUUGGAACUUAAAGAAGUUUUGACAAGUGUUCCACCUACGGUUGUUUCAGGCGUAGGAGCAAGGAGGUCGGAUCAUAUUGAUGACAUAUUAUUUGCUGAGUGGAGGCGAUGUGAGCCUGAGUGGACAUCAUUGCAUGCAGACGAAGUCAUUGUAAAAAAUCAAGUGUUCGAAAGUAUUUUCCAAAAAAUCCUUUCAGAGACUGUCGAUGAAUAUAAGCGAACCGUUCUUGAGCCUAACAAAUCAUAAUACGUCUAAAGUAUGUGUGCUUAUUUUAUAAUAAUCAGGUCGCUGUUUAAUAUUGCUGUGCGAUUUUAUAUAUUUUAUAAUAAACGUUUACUUACUUCGCUUUUGAAGUGCACCAAUAUAUUUAUUGAUAUUAAGUGUUGUUGUGUAAUUAAGUGCGAUCGUGCAUAUCGACACAUUCAAUUGUGGCAGUAUGAAAGUGACAGAUAACAUUAGUCUAAUUUUAAAUUGAACAAAGCAAAUUGAUGUUUGCUCGGCUGUCAGUUUUCCCGAACAGUGUUGGGACAAAAAGAUACUGAUAUGAAUCAAAUUCAGUAUGAUGAGGAUCUAGAUAGAAUGAAAUAAAAUUUCGUACCGACUGACUGACUGAGUUUAGCGGGCCUUUUCAUGGGCCGGUUCCCAUCCUGGAUAAAUCUUUAUUGUGGUGAAAAAAGUUGUUUGUCCUGAUGUAGAUGUCACUUUGUUAUGUACAUAUUGUGUAAAUAAAAAGUACGAAUGUACGUACGUAUUUAAAUUACGUAACUUUUAUAUAAAAAGUGUGUAAGCUCAGUCAAGCAGACAAGUGGAACUGGUUCAUUGACUCAUUCACAAUUACAGAACUGAACUACGUAAAUAUGGCACAAUGACUUUAAAUAUGAUAACAUUAUUUUACAAUUUGACAAAAUGAUAUUUGACUGUAUUUUCAAUUUACCAUAUCAAAAUGCUUUGUUUAAUUGAAAAUUCGAAAUAUAUAUGUAUAUCUUCCUAAUUUAGGGAGACUGCAACCUGUAGCUUAAAAUUAUUCCUUGAUCUAUUGCCUAUCUACCCUCCGCCGGCGAUCUAACCGCCUUAAAGACGGCACAUAGAGGCAUUAAAAAAAAAUUAAAACGGCAGAUCAAGUACUAAAUUAUUUAUUAGGAAUAGUAAUAGAAAUGAAAAAAAUAUCACAUAGCUCUUACAUUUUAAACUGACUAAAUGUUUUAUAAAUAUUCAACUUAAUACAGAUUUCCGACUAAAUUUAGUGUAUAAUAUCAUAGCUUAAUGUUACAUUUAAAUGAAGGAUAAUAAAAAAAAUGCUUUAUAAAUUUUUAAUAUUUUGAAAACUAUUAUUGAUAUGAAACAAAUGACUAAAAAAUCUUUUACAUUUUUUGGGAUAGUAUUAAAAUAUUUUUAUUAAUAUGAGCAAAUAAUGCUUCAAUAAUGCUUAAGGAAAAAAAUAUUAGGCGCGAUUUAAAUUAAAUAACCAUAACAUACAUCAUUUUUAUUUAUUCCUGCCAUAAAAAUGCAAUUUGUUAUUUUACAAUAAAGUGUACAUUUACUGUAUAAAUGUAUAACCCAUUAUUUAUAAAUUAUGCCGACUAAAGAAUACAUUAAUUACACGACGUAAAUGCAUGGCGACGUUUAACGAACUGAGCCACAAGUGUUAACUUUUUACGGUUUAACUAGUUCACGUUAAAUGACUGUUUUUAUGUUAUUAUUAAUAACUAUGGGAAAAUGAACUUACUCUAUCUAGUUAGUUGGCUUCUGAACUAAGAGUCUGGAAGGGCCAGACUGUUAUUUUAUAGCUUUUAUAAAAUAACGAAAUUCUGACCCUCCCGGGCUCUUUCUCUAUUCUUAUCAGAUGUAAUUUGAAAUUUAAAUAUUUGUGGUGAGUUUUGCAUCAAGUAUAUAAGUACGCUUAAGGGUCUGUUUUGAAUGCACUCAUAGCCGAUAUUAACAACAGUUUCACCUCUUGAAAUAAUACAAGUUUCAAGACUGGUGAGGAUUGUCAA